AUGCUUCUCUUCGGUCUUGUCUUGUUUCUGGCGUCGGCUUGCACCGCCCGCGCAUCCACCUACCAUGGCUACACCAGCGCGUACAGCUUCGAUGCCAAUCUUUCUCACCAGCCCGACUGGAUGGCCCGUGUCCCCGACGCGGCCAACAUCACCAGUCUGAGCAUCCCGGGCACCCAUGACACCAUGACAUACAACCUUGACAGCCGAGUGCUGCAGUGCCAGAACUGGAAUCUGACGGUGCAGAUGGAGGCCGGACUGCGGUACUUUGACAUACGCGCCCGGGUCAAGGAGAACCGCCUGCACAUAUACCACGGGAAGCAAAACACCGGCUUCACAUUCAAGCAGGUCCUGCUGCAGAUGUUUGAGUUUUUGGACAAGCACCCCUCGGAAAUGAUCAUCAUGCGUCUCAAGAAAGAAGGAGCCCCGGUCGGCCGCGAUUCGUAUUCCUUCGAAGCGGCCUUGAACUACGCACGUCUCCAAGACAAGGACACCAAGGACGGCGCCAAAAAACACGUCGCCUUGUACGCGGAUAGCCGCAAACCCAUCCCAACGCUCGGCCAACUGCGCUCCAAGAUAUUCAUUCUCCAGGAUUUUAAAUGCGCAAAGGGGGUGACCUAUGGGCUGACCUGGGACGGUCCGCAAAUGGUGCUCGAAGACAACUUUGCCAUCCAGGGCGAACGUCGUCUGGCCACCAAAUGGGCCGCUGUCGACAUGGCGUUGAAUAGAGCGAACCAGGGCCCCUUGAAAAAUGACCGCCUUUAUGUGACGCAUAAUUCGGCUGCGAUUGGCGUGCUGCCCAUCCAGGCGGCCGCUGGGGUCCUGAAUAAGGCGCAGGUCGGAAUGAAUUACAGGACAGGCGAAUGGCUGGAUGCACAUAUUGAUGAUAAGACGUCGAUGAGGACUGGCAUCGUGAUAUUCGAUUUCCCGGGAAAGAAGUUGAUUGAUAGUGUGCUUGCUUGGAAUAAGCACGUUGGGGCCAAGUUGCCGCUGUGA